AGGGACAAUCAACCACAAGGCCACCGUUGUUCGAUAGAACCAACUACUCUUAUUGGAAGGAAAGAUGAGAAUUUUCAUCCAAUCCAAUGACUACAAACUGUGGUUCAUAGUCAAGACCGGGUGUGGAGUCCCGAUGAAGAAAGUUGGUGAAGUCAACGUCCCCAAAACUGAAGAAGAAUUCACCGACGAAGAUUGCAAAAAGAUAGAGCUCAACGCAAAGGUAAUAGACAUGAUUUAUUGCGGUGUUAACGCGGAUGACUACCGCAAAAUCUCGCGGUGUGAAACCGCAAAACAUAUGUGGGAAAAAUUGGAGGUCACCUACGAAGGAACCGCGCAGGUUCGGGAGGCCAAAAUCGACCAUCUCACUCACGAGUAUGAACUCUUUUCAAUGAAGGAAAAUGAGAAGAUUGAGGAAAUGUUUGAGAGAUUCUCUAAUAACAUCAUCAAUCCUCUCAAUCUUCUCGGGAAGACAUACACCGACCGAGAGCUCGUGAGAAAAGUGCUGGGAAGCCUAUCCCCCAAAUGGCGUUCAAAGGUGGACGCAAUCGAAGAAGGUCGUGACUUCCAAACAACGACCUAUGAGGCUCUUCGAGGUUCUUAUGAUGAUGAAGAAGAAAUCGUUAAGGAAAAGGAACCGGAAGGAGAGAAAACGCAGGAACAAACGGAGCUUCCUAAGGAGUGGAGAACGUUGAAAAAUCACCCGAUUGACAAUGUCAUUGGUGACAUAACGCAGGGAGUUUCUACUCCCCAGAGUGCUAAGAAGGCUAAGAAGAAGCUCCCUAGGAGUCCUACGAAGAAAAGGAGUGGAGAUGAUGUUACGGAGACACCUAGUCUGUAUACGGACAUUGCCAUGGAACUACUUGAGAAGGAGAAGGCUCCAACUGCUUCAUCCACGUCUGAGACAUCCCCUCCUCAUGUUGAAGAUGUCCCAGACAAAGGUGAUCAGGACCCUGACCAAGGUAUGAUUCUGAAGCAAUAUGAUGUUGGUGAAGGUUUUCUUCACAUCCCAGAUUCUAUUAUUAAACCUGUUGAAGAGUUGUGGGGUUUUUGCCUUGUGGGCUGCUUUACUGGAUGUUUCCCUGGCCUCAAGGCAGUGGAUGCUAUUGUCAAAAGCUGGAAUGUGCCUUGUAGAAUCAUUCCCCAUUGUAAGGGCUGGGUUAUACUGAAAUUUGAGAAUGAUAAUGAUAGAAUGGAUGUGCUGGGUAGGGAAAGGGACAAAGCUUAUGGGAAGGAGUUUAGACUCAAAAUUCCUUCUCAUGGUUUCAUGUUUGAUUUUGCUGAAUUCACCACUCUACCUGUCUGGGUUCAGCUACACAAUGUCCCACUCCAGCUAUGGUCUAAAGAAGGAAUUGGUAUGCUGGCCUCAAUUGUUGGUAAACCAUUGAGAACUGACCUAGUUACAAAGCAGCAAAGCAAGGGUGGAUUUUGUAGAGUGCUUGUUGAGGUUGACUUCUCAAAACAGCCGGUGACUCAUUUUGAGGUAGCUUGUAUGGGUAAGACAUAUACACAAACAGUGGUGUUGGAGGAAGACCCCAAAUACUGCUUUCAUUGCAAAACCUGGAAUCAUGGCCCUUUCUACUGCAAAGCCUUGGAACUGGCUAGGAAGAAGGAGCUGGUAGCUUUGGAGGCUACACACAAGGUUGAUAUGGACAAGCCAAAGGAUCUUAGUGAACCCCAUGGGAAGGCUGGAGCUAGGGAUUGUGUACCUGUUGGUGAAAAUCCACACACUGAACCUAAAGGGGGCUUGAUCCCUUCUUCUUCCAACAACAACAACAAGGAGAAGGCUAAAGAACCCAAUCCCAAAACUAGAGGCCUGGUUCUUGACAAGGUGGUUAGAAAGGGUGUUGAUUUGCAAAAGAAGAAGAGGAAUGAAGAUGGAGACAUGGUUGGGAAGAGACCUGAGAAGAAGAAAGGUGACAAGAACAGGGCAGGCACCUCCGGAAAAUCCAAGUCCAAAUCCUGGGCUCCAUCCACGACCUCCGAGGAACGCCUCUACUACGGCGAUGGAUCGUACCUCUGGUUCGAUUCCGAGGAGGAGCGCACCCGAUUUCUCACUUUUUUCUCCAAACGGGUUGUGGCUCCCACACGAAUCAUCCCAGAGCGCUACCCGGAAUUGCAGGGCUACGACGACCUCGACGCGCAGCCUCAUCAAGCCGGCCUUUGGCCGUUCGUCUCCUGUGCGCGCAAGGAGAUCAACCCGGCGUUGAUCCGGGCCUUCUACUCCAACCUCCGGCGUGAGGACGACGUGCUCUACUCGCUCGUCAAGAGCACGCCGAUCGAGCUCACCGUGGAGCAGCUUGGGCGCAUCGCCGGCCUCCCCUUCCAAGGCGAUGAUGUGUCUCACUAUGGUGGCGAGGAUUGGGUGCUCAACAACGAGGGCCUUAUCCUCAACGAGCUUGGCAUCACCGAGCUCAAACGCCAUGCCUCGGGACGCCCAACCAUCCACUCCGCCAACCCCGACGACCGCCUCGUUCUCUACAUCGUCACCCGAAUCAUCAAACCGAGGAAGCACGGCCACACCAUCAUGCACGGUGAAGACCUCAAGCUUAUCCAUGCGAUCAUGCAUUCGGCCCCAAUCAAUUGGGCAAAGUUUGUCAUGAUCAACAUGACGAUUGCCGCGUCCACCGAGCACGACCACCUCCUCCCGUACUCGUUUUUGGUGAUGGACAUCCUUGAACGGUUCAAGGUAACCACCACCUUUGGUCCGCUCACGAAGGCCACGAAGAUUUGGACAAUCAGCAACCAAACCUUCCUUAAGCGGUCGGACAACGCCACGGCUGCCACUGCCCAGCCACGCCGCACCGCCACUGCCGCUGGCCAAGCCGAACCCCAGGCCCGGGCCAACCUCGCCUCCAUCGCCGACUCCCUCAACCAGCUCCACCUCAAGGUUUACGGGAUGGGGAGCUACCUUGAACGGCUCGACGUGGCUGUUCAACGCCAAGGAUACGCGAUGAACUCGUACUUCCAAGGCAUCAACUACGUCCCCCCACCGUACCACGGCACGUUCUUUGGGCAAGUGUACGGUGACGAAGACGAAGCCGAUGACUCCUACGCCCCGUCAAGCUCCCCGGAUGAAGACGAGUUCGACGAUACCAUCGAUGGGGAUGAGAUGGACGAUGUGAUGCAUGGGUUGGGCUUUCCCCCUAGAUUUGUCUCCCUUAUCAUGGAGUGUGUUUCCUCUGCUUCUUCUUCUAUUAUGGUUAAUGGUGACAGCCAUGGCUUCUUUCCUAGUCAGCGUGGGCUUAGACAAGGGGACCCCAUGGCUCCUACCCUUUUCCUCUUUUGUAUUGAGUACUUCUCUAGGUUACUCAACAAAAGGGCUAAAAAAGGUGGCUUCAACUAUCACAAGGACUGUGCAGCACUUGGGAUUACGCACUUGGCUUUUGCUGAUGAUCUUAUGUUGUUCUCUGGAGGGGAUUUCCAUUCUAUGCAGGUUUUAAUGGAUGCUUUCGACCACUUUUCAAGGGUAUCUGGCCUAACCCUUAAUCCUACCAAGUCCAACAUCUUCCUUGCUGGUAAAUACAGGGAUGUUAGCCAAAACAUUCUGGAUCUUGCCUCCUUUCCUCGUGGUCCGCUUCCUGUUAGAUAUCUGGGUCUCCCUUUGGCCUCUCAAAGGAUCUCUGAGAGUAAUUUUUUCCCUUUGUUCAAAACUGUUGAUGGCUUUCUGUCUAAAUUGAGUACUUUGAAGUUAUCCUAUGCUGGCAGAUUGGAACUGAUUAGAACAGUGGUACAGGGAGUCCAAUCCUUUUGGCUCCAGGCCUUCCCUGUCCAGAAAUAUGUGCUUGACCGUAUCACCCCCAUGUGUAGAGACUUCCUUUGGGGCAGCAAACUUGCCAAGGUUGCCUGGGCUGAUAUUUGCAAGCCAAGGGCUGAAGGUGGACUGGGUUUGAAGGAUGCCAAUACCUGGAACAAUGCUCUGUUGUGCAAACUUCUGUGGAAAUUUGCAGCUAAGAAGGACACCCUUUGGGUCAAAUGGGUUCACAAUGUUUACAUUCAGGAUGCUAUGAUUCCCUUUUGCUUGGCAAGUAACCUCAUUCCAAGGAAGGUUUAUGAUUUGUUUAGCGCCAAAGCCAACCCGAAGCCUUCGAUAGCUUUCAUCCGGCAGAGCUAUAUUCCUCCUAAGUGUUCCUUUAUGAUGUGGCUGGCACUCAGGAGGAGGUUGCCCAUCAAAACAAACUUGGAAUUCCUCGGUUUACCUAUGGACUGCACCUUCUGUGGACAUGGGUUGGAAGAUGUGGACCACCUGUUCUUUAGCUGCCAAUUCUCUAAAGAAGUUUGGCACAAUAUCAAGACUUGGCUAGGUACGGAAGGACACCUGAGUACCCUCACCAGAACCAUAAGAUGGCUGAAGGCAUUUAGGCGAGGGGAUGGGAUUCUCAAGAAGGCAAGAAGGAUUGCUUUUGCGUGUACUGUUUUCCACCUUUGGAAGCUACGUAAUGCUGCCCACUUUGAGCGUGAGCCUCUCUCAAUUGAGCGUCAAGUUCGCUCCACACUCAUCGGCCUUGAUCUCCUGGGCUAUGUUGAUGGGACGCUCACGGCUCCCUCCUCCACGGUUGGCGGCUCCGCUAACCCCUGUUACUCCAUCUGGUUCCGUCAAGACCAAUCUAUUGUCGGGGCUCUCCUCGGUAGCUACACUGACACAAUCCAACCGCUCAUCUCCAAUGUUGAAACGGCUCGUGAGGCGUGGCUCAAUCUCCACUCCAGUUUUGCGAGUGCGAGUCGCGGUCACAUUUUAGCCCUCAAGUCUAAACUUGGAAAGAAUCUGCGUGGUACUCGGUCUAUUAAUGAGUAUCUCCACGACAUGCACUCCAUUGCUAAUGAGCUUGCACUUAAUCAAAGUCUUGUUGCUGAAGAAGAUCUGGUGGCACAUGUUCUCAAUCAACUUGGUUUGGAUUAUGAUCCCAUUGCGUCUGCUGCUUUCAUUCGUGGCUCCCAACUCCCGUUUCCUGAACUUGGAGAUAUUUUGCGUGAUUUUGAACGCAAGUUACACCUUACUGAUGAUGUCUCUUCUCCUGUGGUGGCUACUGCAAAUGCGACUCAGCGCCACCCCUCUGCUGGCCAUCGUGCACCUGGUGGUCCUUCCGCACCCUUCUCGAGGUCUUACGGCAGUCAGCGUGCUGCUCCCGGUGGGGCCUUCAAAUCGUCUUGUCGUCACGAUGGGUCAUCUUCGGCCUGCCAGUUCUGCUCCAUCCCAGGGCAUGACAUAAAGGUCUGUCGUAAAUUGGCUCGUCUCCUUCGUGAACAUGGCAUGCAGACGGUCUCUGCUUCGUCUCACAACAUGUCUUCUCCUGCCGUGCAUGCCACAUCGCUUGCUCCUGAUGGGGUGAAUAAGUGGAUGUUUGACAGUGGUGCGAGUCACCAUACUACUCCUGCGCCUCAGCAUCUCCAGUCAUUCUCUGAAUAUGGUGGUCCCGAUGAAAUUCGUCUGGGCAAUGAUGACUUCCAAAGAGAGAGACUAGAAGCUGAGGCUAAAGGUGAUAAAUUAGUCAAUGAUCUCUACAAGGCUGUUGAACUUAAACGCUCCCUCCAAUCUCAAGAUCAAAUGAGGGAGAUUAAUGUUCAAAAAGAGGCUCUAGAACCUAAGACCAACCCUGAACCCAUCAACCAACAGGUCCCGGUUCUGAAAGAUUCACCUAAUUCUGCCCCAUCACAGAAACCCGAGAGCAUAACAACUCUCGCUAGGGCUAUUGUGGUGAUGUUACCUGAAUCUCUUCCUAGCCAAGACCCAACUAGCAUAGUUGUACAUGAGGUGGAACCAACUGAGGGACCUGACUCAGAACCACCUAUGCUUAUUCAAGAAAAGAAGGAGGAGGAAGUUUUGCCUAUGGCAAUAAACGACCAUCUCCUUAAUUGUGUUGAAGACACCCUUCUAGAGGAACCUGUUCUAGAGGAAAUAGAGCCCAUUACCUGCCCCCAAGAUACCAAUGCCAAAGAGUACUCAUCCAUGGGGGAAAGUACGGUCAUAAUCAUCAAACCACAAAUGGUUUGUCAGCCCAUUGAAGACAAGGAAGAAAUCAAUCUUGCUUUGAAGGCCAAUGAUGUGGAUCAACUGAGGAGACUUCCUCCACCCCCCACCUAUCUAGAGUCUCCUCCUUAUAUCCUGUUGCCACCAAGCCGCAGGGAUGAGUCAAGGAUCCUGGACCUUGACCGAGCAAUAACGAGGUGGUAUCAGAAGAGAGUAAAAAAGGCCAAACUUUAUGACUCUCGGAUCGGAAAGUCGCGGAAAAAGUCGUUCAGGAAGGUGGAAGAGUCCACUUCAUUCAUCUCCAUUGUUGAGCAAGAAGAAGAAGAAGAAACAAGAAGAAGCAUCAAGUUUCCAAAAUCCUGAGUGAAAAACGCAGCAGCAACUUCGUCGUCAAUUCUAUUCAUUCAAGCAAAGAAAAGAGGAAGAACUUCAACUCCAUUGGUGAAACAAGAAGAAGAAAUCAUCAUUGUUUCUUCAAAAUCCUGGCAGCAGCAAACUGUCACCUUGAACUCCCAGAGAGUAUCGUAGAGAAGACCCGACGUUGGAAGCUUGAAGUUGAUAGAGGUGUCCGUACGUUGAACGUUCGUUGAGGCGUAUACUUUAUUCCUAUCACUUCCGUCUUCAACGUUAUCAAGGUAACGAUACCGGUCAUGGAGCCCAUCCCGGAGGUCAAUGAGAGUGAAGAGAUGUACGGACUGGUGGACCACAUUUAUGAUGCCUUAAUUAAAUAAAUACCUUUUCGGGCGAGUACCCAGAAAAUGUAAAACAAUUUGAUUAUGUUUUAUAUUUAAGCUUCCGCACUGUUUCAGCAAUACUCUGAAUUUAAUAUUUGAAAUUAUCUUUUACGUUAAAGUUUAAAUUGGUUUUAAAUUAUCCUUCAAAUUAUCAUGCGUAUUUACCAUCAUGGUAACUACUCCGGCUCAAAUAAUCUAGGUAAAUGGGU